GCUUCCAUAGCAUUUUGAAAAUAACGAUGAGUUGUAAAAGUUGAGUCAUUGUUUAUUGAAAGAAUUCACAAUUUCAUAUGUAUAGAAAUAUCUGACGUGUUUGAAAAUGGCAGCCAGGGAUUUAUCGAAAACGUUUGAAGAGUUUGAGUCGGAAGACUUUAGCUUAGAGACGUCUGUUCCAACUGAUUUUACCAUGUCGCCCGAACCGAGCGAAAGUAAACAGAAUAAACGUCAAAUCACGAAACAUUUAAUCGAAAGAAAACAAUUAAUUCAUGAUUUACAAUUACUCAGAAUAGAAUUAUCACAAAAAAAUCUUGCCAUUGAAAAUAUGAAAGCGGAAAGUAUACAACGAGUAGAUGAAUUGGAAGAGAAAUUGAACGAUACAUUGCAUCAAAAACAAAUUUUACAAGCGAGACUGGAAUCUCAGCUGGCAAUUCAAGAAGAGGAUGCCAAGAAACGUCAGGAUAUGAUAAAACAUGAGUUAUUAGAUGUCCGACAGAGACAACAACAGUUAGAAUCGGCCAAUAACAGGUUGCGAGAAAAAGCAGGGGAUGUGAUGAGAAGUCUGAAAGAUCUGAAUUUAUCAGAAGAGAAGUUCUAUGAACUACGAGCCAUGAAAGAAGAUGAACUUUCUCUCAGAGACUAUGUUGCUGUCCAAUUAUUUGAACAAACAAAACCUCUUCAAACAGAAAUUGAUCAGCUACGUAUGAGAAAUAAAACGCUGGACGAUGGAGAAAAAUCUUCAUCUAAACAAACAAUAGAUUUACAGGAGCAAUUAGCAGAAGAGAGACAACAACAUGGUGAACUUCGAGUCAAAUUUCAGAAAAUGUCCCUGGAACUAGCGGAGAUUAAAUCACUGGUUAAAACAGAUAAUUAUAAAGUAGAGAAUUAUGACCGUGUUAAAAUGCAGAGAGAUAAUUUUGAAAGUGAUCAACUUGAUGUCACUAGACAGUUGAAUGUUCUAGAAGCCGCUCAUCAGAAUCUUCUCCGUGAACGAGAUGAACUACAAAGGGAGUUAUCAACCACGAGGCAAUCGUUAGCUUUAAUAAAACAAGAUAAAGAUUAUUUAAGUCGUCAGAUUUGUGAUGUGAGUAAUAAAUCAUCGUACACCGAGGAGAAGUUAGAACAGUUAAAUCGACAAUUAGAAGACGCAAAACGGGCUCGCGAAGAAAUGUACGAUAAAUAUGUCACUUCCCGUGAUGAAUAUAAGCGUGAAUAUGAAAACAAACUACAGGAAGAAUUAGACAAUAUACGAAUAAAAACUAAUGCGGAGAUCGAUCGACUUCGAACAUCAACAAAAGAGAUGUAUGAACGAGAGAAUAGAAAUUUACGAGAAGCUCGAGAUAUGGCAAUAUCUGAGAAAGAAAAGAUGCAAGCGACAGAACGGGAAACAACAACAAAAUACGAACAACUUUUAAACGAAUUUCGACAGUUACAGAUGGCCGGAGACAGUAGAGUAGUUGAAAUACAAAACGAUUUAAAAAUAAAAACAUUUGAAUAUGAACGAGCUCAGAUGGUUUAUGAAGAAGCCAUGAAGAAUUUAAAAGAGACUCAGAUUGAUAUGGAAAAAAUGCAGAAGAAAAAUGAGGUAUUGUUUUAG